AUGGCCGCGACUGCUGCCGCGAAGCGGCCCUUUGACCCCGAGGACUUGACUCAGCGUCUCAUGGAGGUCAUGGCCGAGCGAGAGGCUGACGAGGCAGCCCGCCAGAGGGCCCGCCAUGUCAUCGUGUUUAGCCCUCCCCAACAGCAGCCGCCCGCGCCUUCCGCCACCUCAUCCUCCUCCCUCACCUUCGACAUGGCUGGCAGCAACAGCGUCAACGUCGAGAGCAACCCCCGCCAGCUCCCCGACCUUAUCGAGUCCGAAGAGCCCGAGACCUCGGACGACAAUAACUCUACCAAGACCAAGGAACCAGGAAACGACAAUGCCUCUUCCUCCUCGGGGGAUCCAAUUCCAGCUGCAGUCCCAUCGCGGGCACUGAUACCGGCACCAACGAGAAUUUAA